UGCUCCGCUGCUGCCUAAUUACCCAAACAGUUUUCAGCGCGUGGAUUACAGAAUGAUUUAUCUGAAAUUAUCGCGUUUUUGUAACUUUAUUUUACAUUAAAGUGGUGGAAGUAUUACAAGGAAAUGGCCAACGCUCACCGGACCAACGUGCUGGUCACUUCUUGUCUGAAAACGCCGGUAGAUCCGCACACUAAAGCGCCGUUAGCUUCUUACGAGCGGGGGAGAGUGGUGAAACACACAUAUUCCUGUUUUACGGACAACCGGGACUACGCGAGGGAGCGUGAGUACGAAGACUCUGGCUCUGACUUCUGUGAUGAGGACUAUGUCGGGAGGGGGGGGCCUCUCAUGAUGACGGACUACAGAGCGGCAGGAGACCGCCUCGACCUGAGUGAGAUCUUCUUCUCCAACGAGGAGUACUACAGCAAGCUGGAGGAGCUGAAGAAGGCCCACCUCCGCACCAUGGCCGAGCUGGAGAGCAUGUACCGGAGGAAGCUGGAGCUGAAGGCCUCGGAGCCUCCGGACACCAGGACGCUGGAGACGGGCAGGCACAGCAGCCCUGCAGCUUCCCGUCACUUGAGGAAGUCUCAGUCUGCAGUUGAGCUGAGGAGGAGCUCCCCAGACUACUCAGACGAAGAGGAGGCUGUCAGUAGAUAUGUGGAGAAAGGCCAGCUUUUUUCUCCUAAAGAGCACAUCAAGAACAUGUGGCAGGACUUCAAGCUGGCCCCUCAACACCUGUCGUGUUCCUCCAUGCAAAGCCUCCCAGCAGACCAGAAGAAGCCACGGAAGGGAAGAGGAAAGAAGAGGCAGGAGCGUAGAGAUGGAGAGCAGGAGAACUGGAAACACAAAUUCACCGUCCCGGAACCUUUCCAGAUGAUGCUGCGUGAGGACGAGAGGCGAAAGCGCGGCAUAAAGUCGCGCUCAGAAAUCGAACAGGAGAACGCAGAGCUGAGGCGGCAGCUGGAAGAACUGACUGAGUGCCAGAGGAAGUUCCGUGCCAGCACCAUACCGGCUCAUGUUCACCUCCCGCUUUACGAUGAGCUGCAGGGGCGCAAGAAGAGAGAAGAAGUGCAGCCUCGAACCCUCCAGAAGCCCUUCAGUUUCCUGGAGAGGGAGAGACUGAAGAAGGAGCAGAAACAGCGGAAUCCUUCACCCAAUGAGGAGAAAGUGAAACCCUUCAAAGCCAAGCCUGUCCCCCGGUCUGUGUACGCAGCGGCCACAGGGGAGCAGAUGAAGGAGGAGCAGCUGUAUCGCUCCAUCAAGAUACAGAUGAGAGCUCAGGAGAUGCUCCACAGUGCUGCGAUGCCCCCCAGCAUGCUCACCCGACGACUCAGCGACCGCAAGAAAAACAAAGAAGGUAGCUCUGAGGACAACAACCCCCCCCACAAUCCUCACAUUCACACAGAGGUGCCAGACUUCGACGCCCGGUACAGACGCUUCCAGAAACAUCUGGAGAAACAGAAGGAGGUGAAGCCCACUACUACGUGCGAACCCUUUGAGUUGAGGACGUCCCACAUCAGCUCGCACCGUGAGCGCAUCCUGGCCGACAUCGAGAAGGAGCAGAGCAGCCCCCGGUCGGUGCGCUGGCCGCAUGUCAGCCCCGGGCAAUCUCGGACGGCAAACUCAAGCCUGUGCUCGUCUCUCGGCAGCCUGGAGAUCCUGCCGGCCAAAGUCACCGACGCCUCCAAGAAGCGCCAUGACGCCGUGAGAAAGGUGCUGGAGGAGAGGAGGAAGGCCGAGGAGGAGGAGGAGCGGUGGAAGGAAAGUCAGAGGCAGAGGGAGAAGAAGCUGCAGCGGGUGGUGCUGAAGCGAGCCCAGGCCAACGACCCCCACCGGGCUCUCUCUCAGACAAACCAGGGCAAACUCAAGGAAUUCAGGAAACAAGAGCUUCAGCGUAACAAGGAGUACCAGCAGGAGAUCAAGGAGAUGAAGCAGAGAGUGAAGGGGAGGCCGCUGCUGCUGGAGCAGGUUGCACAGAGGAAUGCUAAGCAGGCGGCGGAGAAGCGCUACACAGACGCUCUGCAGGGAUGUGACCUGACUGAAGACUUCAUCAGCAGCAAGGCGGCUAAAGCCGGAUCCACACACAAAGCCUCUGAGUCCAGCGACAGCAAACACUGUGAACAAGAGGAGCCAGACAUGGGAUACAAGCCUGUUCACUACAGAAAGAUCUUCCUGGGAGAUGAUGAUGUGGAUCCAGAAGAAAAGGAAGGAGGGAGCGAGGCGACUUCACAAAGUCACCGUGACAGUGAGGACGCCAGCAGUCACCACUCUGAUCAGAAUUAUCAUAAGGAUGGCGAUCACCAGGAUUCAGAUGGAAGUUACCACUACUCAGACGAUCACGAGAAUUAUUCAGACGACAGCGAGCACGAGGCUGACACCUCUCAGCAGGAAGAAGGGAAGUGAUGUCAUCGAUUGUUAUGAUACAAGAGGCCAUUGCUACGUCCACAAACUCUGAUCGACACAUGAGCACAUCAAGUGAUGAGGAACAAUGAAGAGUUUCUUAAUCCUUCGAUGAUUAGACGUUCAUUUUAUUGUAAAUAUUGGGCUCACAUACUUAAUUUGUUGUGCACAUAAAAAUGAGACUUUGAUAUCUUUAACCUUAGUGAGUACCUAUGGGAUCAGUUAGUUUACAUUUUCAUCACUUUUAUCAAUUUGCAUCAAUAAAGAAUUCACUUCACAUGACGUUAGUUUCAACGUCUGUAAAAGGUCAUGAAAAACAUUGUGUAACUAGAUGUAAGAUUAUCAAAAUAACAUGAGCUCAUACAUUAAGUUAUAUUUAUUUACUGCUAUGUGAAAUAUUUAUUUAUUGUUUUUUGGUUUAUGUCAAACUGGACUGUGUUCAAUAAAGACACGUAUUCAAA